AUGCUGCCAAAUCUGCCAGCAUGGGUACUCAUCGCCGUUGUCUUAGCGAGUGGAUGCACAUCCUAUAAGGACUGCUCAUCGAUAGGGCGCUGCAAUGACAAUGGUAAGUGUGAGUGUCCCUUCGGGGUACAAGGUAGUAGCUGUGAGAUAAACAGGUGUGGCGUAUCUCUCAAAGAAGGCACUGACCCAACCCUCCUUGACGAUCCAGAGGCUAAUAUCCCAUACACUUACUGCUCGAGCAAUGGUCUUUGCAGGCGGAGCGCCUCCGAUACUGGUAGCGAAUUCAGCUGCACAUGCCUUAGUUCCUUUAGUGGCGCCAUAUGUGAUGUACACGUUGGACAGGAAGAUCACGAGAAUUGCAGGACUUUUAAUGGAAGCCAUGAAACAGUAUGCAACGAGCGCGGGAUAUGUACAACGGGUGGCUGUCGAUGCUUGACUGGCUUCUCUGGACCUAAGUGCGAAAAUGUAUACUGUGGCGCCCAAGCCGAUUAUAAUUACAUAGAUGAAUAUGAUAAUCCCAAGUGGAUACUUUGCAACGCCGGAGGAACAUGCGUGGAAACCGAAGAAGGAGAGUACCAAUGUCAGUGCAGAGCACACUUCACUGGCGUAUUUUGCCAGGAAUUCAACUGUGUCAAUGACUCCUCGUGCUUAAAUGGGGGAACGUGCUUUUUCACUACGUCUCCCUAUAUUUCUAGCACGUCGCACUGCAAGUGUCUUGAGGGAUUCAGCGGGCUGGACUGUGGCCUGAACUCAUGCGGUGUUGAGCAGGAUUACCAGACCGGUGAUAUAAGGCUCUGUUCAGGCUCUGGAGUCUGUAUUGUUGGGUCAAAGUUGGAGAAUGAAAUGCCGAUCUAUCAGUGCGAAUGCAGGGUGGGGCAUUAUGGAUCUGCAUGCGAGACAUUUAAUUGUGAUAUUAGUCCCAACGCAUGCAACGGAGGGGUUUGUGUAAUAGAAACAACUGGUGACAUGGUCUGCAAACUAUGCCCAAAGUUUUUCUAUGGUAAUGAUUGUGCCGUGAAUCCGUGCGGAAUAGAUAACGCAGGUGUUGCAUGCAGCGGUUAUGGCACUUGUGUCGAAGACGGAGAGUCUGCCAAAUGCAAUUGUAGACCGGGAAGAAUGGGUGAUGUGUGCUCACUACGUGACUGUCUUACUCCAGGAAACGAGUGCUUAAAUGGUGGAGUAUGCAUAGACGCCUCCAACGCCCUCCAAUUGGGGCUGCUAAAACAAGCUGAAUACGACUCGAUAAGUUUGUUAACUCACCGCAAAGGGCGAGAUUCUAGGUCUGCUGGGAGUACUGUUUGCAUGUGUCCCAAGGGAUAUACUGGCGAGUUCUGCACUGAAUGUGAUACGAUGACUGAACUAGCUACGCAGGUUUUCUCCAAUGGCACUAAAGCUAGUGUUUGUGCACACGAGUCCUGCUUCUACAACGGCCUUGUGUGCAGCAAUCGGGGGACAUGUUCAUACGACGAAUCCUCCGAUUCUUUUGGGUGCGUAUGCGAAGCCGGCUACCUCUUACUAGGUGCUCAGUGCUGGCACCCUAGUUGUCCAAUCGAGGUGCGUGGAGAAAGGAAUCUCCCAUGUGGCAUCGGUGGGCAGUGUCUUGAGACAAGUUUAGGAUCUGAUGAAUGGCAAUGUAGUUGCGCAAAUACAUAUAGACUUGAUUCAUCAACGGGACUGUGUUGGCCUAGUGCAUGCUUUGGUGCGUCGUCUAAAUCGGAGAAAGUCUGCGGCGGGGGUGGAGUCUGUGAUCUAUCAACAUACACUGGAACGCAUGUCUGCAAUUGUAAGGACGGAUUUAAAAAGAGCUCUGAUGGGAUAACGUGCGUCCCCAGCUCUAGCGUGAUAGCACUGGCUGUAAUCGUGCCUAUUCUUCUAGUUCUUACCGUAGGCGGGCUUUGCAUAUACUUCCUUGCUUGCAGAGGGAAAAGGCGAGAACCUGCCAAACAGGCGUCUUCAAAAGGUACUAGCUACAUAAGGAUGAACGAUGGAGAUGCAAUAAGAACUAUCAUGGGUGGCGGACAUCAAACCCUGUAA